UAGAAAAAUAACGAAAACAAAUGAACCCAUUUGAGCUCGCUUUCACCCUGUGUAUGGUGGAGGCGGGUGGUCAGUGCCAUCCGUGGUGGCGGAAGAUGUGAUGUUUGAGAUGAAACAAAAGUGGUGCGAUUUGAGGGCUAAUGGAAUGGAUAAUGUAUAUAAGAGGUGAUGUGACUGUGAGCGUGAUAUUGGAAGCGGUGGCGCAGGCGAAGUUCCAGUGGCUUCCAGUGGCUGAUGAUGAUGGAAUUUUUCAGUUUAGGUACCUUAAAGCAAAUAAGCUUAAUGGAUCAGUCCCCGGAUGGCUUGCUGGUUCAAAAACCUCAUAUGCGGAUAUUUCAGAAAAUAAUUUUACAACUGUACCUGUACAACUGGGAGGCAAAGCCCUAAAUGUGAACUCUUUUGCAUGCUGUGCUGAAACAGCAAAUCUGAGCAUGGCAUGGCAGAGAAGUGACUACUAUUGCCCCACUGAUAAAUCAUUGAAUGAUCAAUUGUAUAUUAACUGUGGCGGUGAGAGGGUGCUAAUUAAUGGAGUUCAGUAUCAAGCUGAUACACAACCUGAUGGAGGAUCAACCUUCUUUUUAAGUGAUGAUAAAAGUUGGGGUUACAGUAGUCAGGGGAUUUUUAUUGAUGCAAACCAUGACCAGUACACUGUGGAAAAAUCAUGUGGAAUUCCCAGUGAUGAUGCACCGUUAUAUAAGACAGCUCGUGUUUCACCUAUCUCCCUGAAGUAUUAUGGUUUUUGUAUGAAAAAUGACAAAUACAUAGUGAAACUUCACUUUGCAGAGAUUAUGUAUUCAGAAAAUAAAGAUCCCAGCAGCAAGGGGAAGCGUUUGUUUGAUGUGGCAAUUCAGGGCAAGAAGGUACUUGAAAAUUUCAAUAUUAGAGAAGCUGCUAUGGGUGUGAAUAAAAGUGUAUCUUUGGACUUCAUUGCUACUGUGAGGAACCAUCAACUGGAGAUCCACUUUUAUUGGACUGGCAAGGGCUCAAUUCGUAACCCAAUGGAAUAUUAUGGUCCUCUUAUAUCUGCUAUUUCAGUUUUUCCUGUUCCUAGGAAACCCAGCACAAAAUUAUCACCAAUGAGUAUUGCUGCGCUCGUAGGAUCUGCAUUCCUUCUCCCACUAUUGCUUUUAGUUUUCAUAUGUAAACUAGGCAUUCUUGGCGGAAAAGAAUUGCAUAACAAAGAACUAAAAGGUCUUGAACUACAGCCAGGAGGUUCUUUCAACUUCCGGCAAAUAAAAGCUGCCACCCGGAACUUCAAUCCUGUGAACAAGAUUGGUGAAGGAGGUUUUGGAUCUGUAUAUAAGGGUGUGCUUCCAAAUGGGACAGCAAUAGCAGUGAAACAACUGUCAUCAAAAUCAAAGCAAGGCACUCGUGAGUUUGUAAAUGAAGUGGGAACUAUUUUUGCAUUGCAACAUCCAAAUCUUGUAAAGCUAUUGGGAUGUUGCACAGAAGAUAACCAACUCUUGCUGGUCUAUGAGUACAUGGAAAAUAAUUCCCUUGCACAUGCGUUAUUUGGUUCAGAGAAGAUAAGGUUGAAACUCAACUGGCCAAUUAGGUUCAAAAUCUGCCUUGGUAUAGCCAAGGGUCUGGCUUUUCUUCAUGAAGAAUCUAAGCUGAAGGUUGUCCAUAGAGAUAUCAAGCCCACAAAUGUGCUGCUUGACAAAGAUCUUAACGCAAAAAUAUCGGACUUCGGACUUGCUAAACUCUACGAAGCAGAGAAGACACAUGUUAUCACUAGAAUUGCUGGAACAACAGGAUACAUGGCUCCAGAGUAUGCCAUGCGGGGCUAUUUAACAAAUAAAGCAGAUGUUUAUAGUUUUGGGGUGGUUGCACUAGAGAUUGUGAGUGGGAAAAAUGGCACCAGUUACAGGCCAAACGAUGAGAGUGUCUAUCUACUUGAUUUGGCUUAUGUUUUGCAAGAAAAGGGUGAACUAUUAUCACUAGUUGAUCCAAUGUUGGGCUAUGACUACUCAGUGAAACAAGCGUUGAUGAUCUUAGACCUAGCAAUGGUAUGCACUAAUCCAUCCCCUACACUGAGGCCGACCAUGUCUGAAGUGGUAAAGGUUCUCGAAGGCAAGAGCAAGAUAAAGGCUCCCUCAUUCCAUGUUCCAUACUCGACUGAUGAUUUUGCAAUGGCUAAGGCUGUGGCUAGCCUCAUUCCCCGCAUUCGAUCAGGCAGCAAUUCUACAGGGAAGACAUCAAAUGCUGUCACUUAUGAUGUUGUGAGCAGAGAUGAAGAUGAGUACGGAAUUUAUGAAGAUUGUUCUUCAGAGAUGUUAGAGAAGACAGAUAGCCUGGUUAAGUUAUCAUCUUAGUCUCCAAGGUUAUCAGGCUCUUGGUGUUUGAACUACUGCACUUGCUAGCUUCGCAUAGGACGUGUGAAAUCGAUGUUGUUGGCUUGGUUUAGUAUGUUUUUCAAUUUCCUGGAUUUUCUUAAUGUGUACCGACAUAAUUGUUGCAAUAAAUCAAACAAAAAAUGCCGCUGUUGUUGAA